UUUUUAAUUCGAUGUAUCGGUAAAGAAGGCAGAUAAUUAAGGCUUGUCAUUUUGUGUUGCAGAAUCUUUUGACUCUAUUCAGCUCAGCAAUAACAUCUAAACAUACAAUCAUCUCUUGGUUUAAUAUUUAUUUUUUGGUUAAAUUAAAUCUCUUUAGAUUUUUAUAUUUUGCUUUUAUUUAUGUGUACAAUCAGAUGAAUGGAUGAACAUCGAAUUGAUCCCGACGAGGAGCGUCGGACAAUCGUGGAAAGAUAUACAAAGGGCAGAGAAAAGAUUCGUGAUCAAAUUGGUGAUUGGGAAGACCCACAAAACCUGGUCCUUUUCACGGACCGUUAUGGAUUCAUCCAUGAUCAACAGCUUCCACCUCGUUUAAGUAAACAUGAAGCAAAGGUUAGACAAAAGGAAAUUUCCCGGACUAGUAAAUGGCUCAAAAUGCUCGAGCAAUGGGACAAAUAUUUUCCAAACUCAGAAAAAUUAAGAAAAAGAGUGUACAAAGGUAUACCGAAUUCUCUUCGUGGUGAAGUAUGGACCAGGUUAAUGGAAGUACCUCAAGUGAAAAAAGAGCAAGAAGGUCGUUACCAAGAACUUCUUGACUAUGGACUCUACAACUCCAAAGAUAUUAGACAAAUCGAUUUAGAUAUCAACCGAACUUUCAGAAAUAAUGAUAUGUUCAGAGACAGAUUCAAUGCAAAACAACAAGAAUUAUUCAGAAUACUGGUUGCCUACAGUGUAUACAAUAAGGAGAUUGGUUAUACUCAAGGAAUGUCUCAGAUUGCUGCCCUUCUGUUGAUGUACACUUCAAAUGAAGAAGAUGCAUUCUGGUCAUUAGAUCGUCUCAUGUCAGGAGAGAAAUAUGCUAUGCAUGGUUUUUUCAUUGACGGUUUUCCUAAAUUGCAGCGAUUUGCUGAUCAUCACGAUAAAAUUCUGAAAAAAUUCCUCCCACGAGUCUAUAAGCAUUUCAAAAAAUUUGACAUAAAUGCUACUUUAUAUACUCUUAAAUGGUUUUUCCAAUGUUUUCUCGACCGAGUCCCUUUCUCGUUAACAUUAAGGAUUUGGGACUGCUUCAUGUUAGAUGGCGAGAUGAUACUUACCUGUUUUAGUUACACUCUUCUUAAAUUACACAAAAGAUCCAUUCUCGACAAGAGCAUGGAAGAUUUAAUAUCAUUCCUUCAAAUAGAUUUGGAAAAGGAUUUUGGAUACUUGGAUGACCAAGCGAUCCGAGAACUUCAAAUUGCUAUAAAUGAAUUGAGAAAACAAAAAAUGGAGUCACCCGCAAAAACAAAUACAGAUGCCGAGAAGCCAACCAGACCGUUCGGCAUGCUGUUACAAGCCGAUAAUGUAUCAAUAAUGACCGGAACCGAUGAUAGAAGCAUCGCUGGCAGUAUUAAUUUGAAAAAUUCUGAUUCAGUUUCGUUGGCUCAAACUUCUAGAACUAGUAGUGAAGUGGAUCAAAAUGAACUGGAAAACACUGAGCUGGAUGACGUUGAAGUCAACGAUUUCUGUAAAAUUCAAAGAUCUUGCUCUAUUUAUGAUAAUGUAGAUAUCAAUGAAAGCAUCGAAGCUGCCAAGAGGUUGAGUGAAUUAACAACAAACUCAGAUCAACGUGGUUUUUUCAAAUUGCAAAUAACUUUAAGCUAGCCAACUCAUGUUAACUGUUUGCGAAUCCCAGCACCAGCAACUACAAAAAAUGGGCGACAACACUUUCUUUUUCCUAUAAAAACGUCAUCGCUAUACCAUACGCUUCAUACCAAAUAUUAAACACCAAACCAUCAAAUCAAUCGUUAUCGGAUCAGUUAUAUUUCUAAAGGAAAUUAAACAUCACUCAUACUCUGCCAAUAAUGAUAAAGAAACUAAACGAAUAAUCAAUUUAUAAAAGUGUAACUCACAAAAAAUUAUAUAGAUAAUAAGCUCAUGAAUACAUCCCCAGCAAUUAAAAGAAGAAACAAAACAAAUCAAGAAAUAAUAUUCUGAGAAAGCAAAAAUGAUAAUAACUAGAUUUAAAUAUUUUUUAAUUUCUCCUAGACUAUUGUUAAUCUUAUAUCAUGUUUAUCAUGGUUCCUUCAAUGCGGAGAAAAACCAAAGAUCUUUUGAAAGUGCAAAAAUUCAAACUCCAAUAACUUCAGUUUUGAGUUCAAGCAAAUAACCAAUUUGUGUACGUCAAAAAUUAUUCAGUUUCAAGAUGUGCGGUUUAUUAAAUCCGAUUUAAAGUGUAUUUUUGAUUGGGUGAGAAAGACAAUCAAUAUCUAAUGGCUUGAAUGGCUGGAUAAUUAAAAUGGGUGGCCUGGUUUUAAAGCGAUCAAGGAUUGAGCGGAUAUCUGCUUUUUGAUGUCCCACAGAAUUCAAGAAUUGGUGAAAAUGGUCGUUCAAUAAAUUCAAUUCAAUCAUUAAGGAGAUGAACUUGAAUUGCUUGUUCAAAAAAUGUCAGUGAUUAACGGUCCAAAAAUCAAAAUUGAUCAAGUUAAUUGUAAUUUGGUUGUAAAGAUUGAAGUGAAAAUGGAAACAAAUGAUCUUUUCCUCAACAAAAAAAGACUGUGUUAAUUUUUCCAUUAACAUUUACUCAUCAUCUUUUACUGUUUGUUAAAUAAUUCACCCGAUAAUUUAAUCAACCAUUGUUUAUUGAUUUCAUCCAAGUAGAUCACAUUUAAUUAAAUAAUUUAUUAUAAUUUCAA